AUGUGCAGCUUGUGGACUAUAUUUCUACGAACUGUGGACUAUCUUUCUGCUGUCCGUGGAUUAUCUAUUUGCCGCCUGUGGUCUACGGACUAUAUUUCUGCAGCCCAUAGACUAUCUGCCACAAUCUAUCUGCCGUCUGCGGAGUAUAAUUCUGUAGGCCAGGGACUAUCUAUUUGCGGUCAGCGGGCUAUAAUUUCUCAAAGAAACGCUUGGUUGGUAUCUAUCUAUCUAUCUAUCUAUCUAUCUAUCUAUCUAUCUAUCUAUCUAUCUAUCUAUCUCAUUCUGUUCACAUCUUUCUAUCUCAGCCUGUCAAUAUCUAUCUAUCUAUCUAUCUAUCUAUCUAUCUAUCUAUCUAUCUAUCUAUCUCACUCGUAUCCGAAAAUUCCGUCCACUUUUGUUGUUAGUCAUCGUUGCGUCCUAGCCUUUCUCCAUUUUUUUAUUACUUCAUUUCUUUCUUUCCCUCGUCAUUAUUUCUUUUCAUGUUUCUUCUUUCUUUUUCUUCGCUUUCCCUUGAUCCUCUGCUUUAUAUUCUUUCUCUUGUUGAAUCUAAUUUCGUCUUCUUUGCAGCUCUUUUGUUUUUCUCCAGCUUUGUCUCCUAAUUCAUACCGACAUUUUUCUUUCAUUUUUACUUGA